AUGGCGGCGGCUGCUACCUGCGGCCAGCACAGCGUUGCGAUUACGGCCGCUGUCAACGGCAAAAAACCGCAUACUAACAGGGAACAUAGUCGGAGGAACCGGGAAAACUCUCGCCGGAGACAGGCAGCUCUUUUGUUUCUCAAUAACAUCUCUCUGGACGGACGGCCAGUCGAGAGUAAUUCAGCCGAGAAUGGAGGAAGCCGCCACCAAAGAGAGACUGACUUGGAGGGAGCUGACUCCGGCUCUGCGGUGGCGGCAGCGGCUGGGCUGUGCCCGGAGCUGGUUAACAAUAGCAGCUACGGGACAUUCUCCAGUUUGUCAGCGUCCGUGAGCUGCGGGAACGUCAACCCCUCCCCUGCACCGAGGACAGGACUCCUUAACGUACCGCCUAUCCUCGUCCUGCCGUCGGACACGGGGUUCGACGAUGCGGGGAGCGCGGAGGUGCUGCUGGGGUGCCGCAGAGGCUCGUUCCCUUCACCGGGGAACAGCAACCUGCUCUCACCGUCCCCGUCUAACAACAGCCUGAUGCCGUCGCCACUGGGACCGCGGAAGUCUUCGACACUGCUGUCAGUUCAGAGCUGUAACUCGGUGUCCUCGGAGCCGAGACAAAGGACUCGUAACCUCUCUGGUGGUUCUCCCAAACCUCGACACACGAAGAAGAUACACUUCAUCAAAAACAUGAAACAGUACGACACGAGAGGCAGCAGGAUUGUGCUGAUCUGUGCUAAGAGGUCUCUAUGUGCUGCCUUCUCUGUUCUUCCCUACGGAGAGAGCUUCUACCUCAGUGACCCCACAUUAAACCACCCAAGGAGGAGACACUCGUCUGGAAACAUCUCCACCACCCUGGAGAUGCUGCCGGGCCUAGAAGGCUUCCAGUUGGAGACCUAUGGCAGGUCGGUGUCGUACGCCCAGUUCCUGUACCCCACCAACGCUCUGGUGAGGCAGAAGCCUUCGUCAGCCAGUGACCUGACCCUGCAGAUCCCCAUGUCCAGGAGCACACACAGCAUGCCGGGCAGGAGUUAUCCACCUAGCAGGCUGAACAGCACUGUGGGACUGGACCUAGGUGUGGACGAUGUGACCGACUACGACCCUAACCUCCUCAGUGACCACCAGUGGCCUUGUGGGAAACACAAGCGGGUUCUGAUCUUUGCCUCCUACAUGACCACAGUCAUAGAAUACGUCAAACCGUCUGAUCUGAAGAAAGACAUGAACGAGACGUUUAAGGAGAAGUUUCCUCACAUAAAACUCACACUCAGCAAAAUACGCAGUCUGAAGAGAGAGAUGAGAGUAGUUGGGGAGGACUGUGGCCUGCAGCCCGUCACCAUAGCGAUGGCGUUUGUCUACUUUGAGAAGCUGGUGCUGCAAGGUCGACUCAAUAAACAGAACAGGAAGCUGGUGUCAGCUGCCUGCAUCCUAUUGGCUGCUAAGAUCAGCAGUGACCUCAAGAAACAGGAGGUCAAACACCUCAUUGAUAAGCUGGAGGAGCGUUUCAGGAUCAGCAGGAGGGAGCUGAUCUCAUUCGAGUUCACCAUUCUGGUUGCCCUGGAGAUGGCACUCUACCUCCCCGAGAGUAAAGUCAUGCCACAUUACAGACGGCUGGUGCAGCAGCAGCAGUUAUAGCAGUGCCACACCCAUCCCUCCCUCCAGGGACUCGCAGCACCUUCCAGCUCCACACUGUGACGGACGGAUCUUCAUGAUGCCUGGCUCGGAGGCACUGAGGAGUCCUCCUCCUCUCUGCUCUCAACGCAGACACCAAAGUUCAGCCACACUGUGACGGUGGUACGACAGUGGGGCCAGGUGAUGCCUGGCUCAACAGCCCAGAGAGCAACAUCGCUUUCUUUCCUCCCUCAAGCACCAAAGUGACGACACACUGUGAUUGAGGGUUCAGCAGCACCAUGGAAACCACCACAGGUCAAACCCAUCACAACCCCUCAAAGUCAUGACUCGCUUCGAGAAAACUCUGCACUUAUUUUAACCUUAUUUUCACAUCUUUGGCUGUUAAAAAAAAAACAAAACUCAAAACACCAGCUCUCAGGAGAGAUUUUAGUCAUGGAGGCUUAACGCAGCUCUUAUUAUUUGUUUGCUGAAACUUGAACUUGUAUGAAGGUUUAGAUAGUUUUGGUUAAAUUGGAGUUUUUGUAAAGCUGUUUAGCAACUUGAAUGCUCCUCUCUAAAAUCCCUGCAGUAUAAUAUGAAAUGUAAUUUAAGGCCCUACAUUAUGUCGUCUUAUUAUUGCGUUUCAAGCCAUGAAGGGAAAUUGUUUCAGCACAGUGGUGACAGCAGUUCCUUAUGUAGCUCGUACUUUUCUCGGUGUGAUCUCAUCCUUUUCACUGUGUUUCUGUGACAUUUCUCAACAUCAUUCACACGCUGAGCUGCUGUCAGAAGCUCCACUGGAGAUAGUUGAGGCGUUUAAGUGCCUUGCCUGAGGGCACCUUAAGUGUAGUUGGUCAGGAAGAGGAGACUUCUGUCCACAAGAGUGUUCCCCCUUGGAUUCUGGGAUUCAAGACAUCCACUUAAUCUUCACUCCUCCUCUUUAUUUUGACCUCCGUCUUGUUCUCCUGUUGUCGUCCUUCCUCCUGAGCAAUCGGCAGUCUGCUGCUCACUCUGGUGGUCACAGGAAAGCAGUGCACCCUUUGUAGAAACACUGAUCAUGAGGGAAAAAUCUUCAAAUCACACUAAAAUGGAGGAAAACAACACUGACGUCAUCGUCUGUGCCGCAGUGACGAGCGUCUUGUGACCGACAAAGGUCUUUUCGGGGAAAUAUCACUGUGGCAUCCUGGGAAAUUAGUGUCCUUCUCCAUCCUGUGUUCUUUGAGGUCACAAACACUGUGUCCUAUUGCGAGAGCCCGUGUCCGUUAUGAUCUGCAUUUUAGCGUUGAAAAAUGUUGAAGCAGGUUGACAAAGCCUGACUUGUUCCAACAGCUCCUUCAGAUGUGACCUGAAAACCACUGGGGACACAAUCUGUGAUUUUAACGUCCCAUAGAGGUGGAUAUUAUGAUGCUGUGUUGAAUUCAGUCCUGUGGCCCAUGAAACACAACUCAGACGUCACAUUACAGCAGAGGCAGGCUGGUUUGGUUGCUGACAUUUUAUAUCAGAGUUCAAAAAUCAGUCGGCAAAUAAGACACAAGUAGAUGAAUUUAAGAUAUCAGCAAAGUCAGUGAAUUAGUUUGUCAUUUGUUCAGGCAAAUAUACCCCAAAUUCACCAAUGCUAGCUCUUCAGAAGUUAAUGUUGCUGGUUUCCUUCAUCUAAUAUGAUAACAAACUAAUUAUCUUUGGGUUUUAUACCUCUGGCGGGGAAACGAUUUCAAUGCUUGUUGGACUGGCUGUUGCCAACAUGUUCAGGUGGACUGUAAAGACAUUAUUCGUAUUUAAUAGAAGAAAGUCACAGUGGCUACUGUUUGCACUGUGAAGGAGCGUCAUAACUACCAAAAAGACCUUUCUGUUCAUGAACUACCUGAGAAAAAAAACAACCUGUCACUCAAAUAGCCUAUUAUUUAUUCUGUUUUCACUGUAUCAUAAAGCGAUGAACAUUUAACCAAACAGAGGCCUCUAACAGGAUGUUUGUGACUGGUUUUUCUCCGUGUUACAGCAUUUAAGUAAAAAAAACAAAAAAACAAAAAAAAAAAAAACAUGUUACCUGCUUUAUCCAAGAACAUUAAGUAGUUUCUUUUAAAACCUUUGGUUUCAGGCAGCACAAACAUUCUCUGUAGAGCCUCUGAUGUUUUUGCACUUUGCCUUUUUGCUUCACAAUCCUGAAUCUUUAUUUUAUCAUUAAGUAACAAGCGUAAUGAUAUUUUUCUACAUGUGAAGUAUCUUAUUGUACUAUUGUAUAUUGAGAACCGAUUGAGUCACUGAAAUUAAUUUAUUACUAAUAAUCCUCCAGAUGAAGAAUCAUGUUUUAAAUCAUCUGAUUUUCAAACACAGUGAACCCGUACAUGAUGCAAAGCAUCAUCGCACAAAAUAAUUUAGUUGAAAACGAGUUAAGCUUCGGUUUAAAAAAGGAAAAAUGUGAUUCUUCAUCUUGAGGUUUCACAUCAAUGCUCUUCCACAGAUGUUAUUUUCGUCUCCUGUGUUAAAGGGACUCUGUUGUACGUUGGAGUCGGGUUCGUCUGUACUUGGACAUUAGAGCAGGAGAGCUGAUGGUGUUUGGACUAGACUUCUGCUACGUGACCCGAGUGUGUCCAGGUAUCAGUUUUAAGGUUCAGGUUUUGUUCCGUAAAGCUUUAAUAUAUCAAAGAGGGAAACAGUGUGGAGCCAGCAUGUUAUAUUAGCCUGCAGAGCUAAUGGACAGUAAUAGAUCAAAAACAUAAUUUUCCUGGCACAAACAAUGCCUUGGGUCAGGUUCAGCUGGGGCUGGGUAUUGUUCAAAAUUUUUCAAUAUAAGUACUGAUACAGAUAGCUUGAUUUCGAUAGAUUUGGUAUCGAAUGACAAGGCAUUUUUCCUCGAUGAUAUCAAACCAAUUCAGUUCGUUCAUAAAAGUUUGACGUUCAAAACACCCAGUCCAAGGUUCAGCCAAGUCAAGUCAAUAUUAUGUGUAUAGCCCAACCCCACAGAUUUGCUUCAGUGGGGUUUACAAUCACACAGUGUCCUUAGACUGUUAAUUCAAAGAAGAAAACAGCUCCCCUGAGUAACCUUUAGAGUGAAAAAAUGAAGAAAGUGGUGUUUGAGUCUUUAAGAAACAUGCCGGUAAUUUUUCACGUUAAGUCUAUUUACCACAAAUCAUGAGCACUCAUCUUCCGUGCGACUAUUGUUUUCCAUUCAUUUUAGUAUGGUAUGAAAAUCAAAACCCAUGAAACUUGUUCACAAUGAACAUCAAGCCUACUGGGUUUUUUUUAAUAUAAGCUAUGUAACUGUUUUAACUGUUACACAAUGCAGAUGUUUCAUAUCAGUCUGGACUAAGCUGCAUUACCAUGUAACAAUAAUUUAACCCUGAAGGAAACAUAAUGUAGACUCAGUGUUCACUUGUUUGAAGUUGAUUUUUAUACCAUACAGAAAGUAAACUAGCUUGAAAGGAACGAUAAUACACGUUCAGAAUUCUACAGCACAUGUUGGAAAAUGGUCGGUACAUGUAUAAAUUGUACAUAAUUUGUACUUUCAGAAACGCUGGCAUGGUUCUUUAAAAACGGGUUCAGCUUUCAGUUUUAGGUCCACGCAGAACUUUAGUUUCAAUGAGUUCAGGUUUUUUGUCUCCUGCUCUGUGGUGAAGAAGAAUCCAUGCUCCACAGUUUGCACUGAGACACUUCAGAGAAGAGUCGUAUAUUGAAACUGUUCCUGAAAGGAAAAGUAUACUAUGGAAAUAAACAUUCCUUUAAGGACAGUAAACGAAGCACUUCAACAGACAACAUGAUAGAUAUAAGACUCUGCUUGAGAGUAGAAAUGGCGCGCGAUCUUCCAAAGUCGUAUUCUCUACAUUAGAGAUUUGUGAUAUUGAUUCUAUGCAGCUUUUAUUCUGUCAGCUGACCUUCAUCCUCCUCCUCCUCAGUGCGUUUACCUUUAAUGUGCCACAGUGUUAAUUCUUACCUGACACUCCUUUAUUUAAACCUCACAUGCACAUGUUGUUUUUAGGUUUUGUAUCAAGUGAUUGUUAUUUUAUUGUUCUUUGAGCACUGUAAAGGCUGUAAAGGGAAAUAUUUACCAAGUGUUUGUCUUCCAUUUAUAAUUAUUGUUGUAAUUAUUGUUUUUUCAUUUAAGUUAAUUAGAUUUUUGUAUUGUGUUUUUGUUUGUUUGUUUUUUUUUAAUCGACAACAUGGACCAGCAGCGUUGCAGUCAAGGCAUCACAUGGCAUAAAUCUGUGUUAAUAUUAUUUAUGUUGUUUUGGGUUCAGUUCUUGUUGCCACAUUUGUUUUGAACACAUGUAGUGAUCCUGAUGGAAAACCAGACAUUAAUGUCAUGUUGUAUGGGGUUAACUUGUUAAUAUAUUUUGUAGCAUGAAGUUCAUCUUCAGCGAUAUCAGCCAGUGUCUUGCAGUGUCUGGUAGUAGCUACAGUGAAAACAGCUGUAGUGACUCACACGGCAGGACAGGUGGAUAUUCAAGAUUGGAGGAGAAGCAGAUGAAAGUAUUUAUAGAAAUAUUUUGUAAAAGAUAAAGACCAUAUACUGUUUAAACUGCCAAUGUUCAAUUCAUGUCAAAUUUAUUUUCAUUAAAAAUAUGUAAUUUACUGCUUCUCUGGUAUUUCUCUGGAUUAUUUUACCAAAUUUUAUUUAAUUAGCCUCAGGCUGGUGGUGUUUGUGCCUA